UUCUCGCUGGAAGUCGUGUACUCGUUCCCUUUUUACAGAUAUAAGUCGCUUACAACACCGUGACUGCGCAGUUUAUUUGCCUGUUAAAUAGAUUAGUCGUCUGCACCGAGUUAAUCGUGAAGAAAGAGAUUUAACGAUGGAGAUUUUAGACCUCCUUCCUGCCAACUUCGGCUAUGUGAUUUUGACUUACUUUUACAGCUGGGUCAUGCUCACGUACCUCGGCGUUAACGUUGGACGUGCAAGGAAGAAAUAUGACGUGAAGUACCCCACUAUGUACAGCACUAAGGACGACGUGUUUAACUGCAUCCAGAGAGCUCAUCAGAACACACUAGAGGUUUAUCCACAGUGGCUGGUUUUCCAAACCAUCGCUGCAAUCGUGUAUCCCACGGCAGCCUCUGUUCUGGGAGUUAUCUGGGUGACCAGCAGGUUCUCCUAUGCCUGGGGUUACUACACUGGCAACCCAGCCAAGAGAAUGAACGGGGCAUACGGCUACAUCGGCCUUUUCGGCGUCAUCAUCCUGUCCCUGUCUGUUGCUCUGCAACUGCUUGGAGUGAUAUAAGAGCAAAUAAUUAAGCUCUACUCUCAUGAAUGGCACUGACCAAGUUCAUUUAAAAUAAUCUUUUUGUAUAUCCAUUUUUUUAGUUUUUAUAGUUAUGGCUUUUCACCUGUAAAAGUAAUUUUUUAUGUAAACCUGUGAAAGCUUGUUCAUAACAGAGAACACAAUAUACACUGAUAUAGAAUGUGAACAUUAGUAUGAAAUUAAUUUCUUCUGUUGAAACGUGACCUGUGCAUUCCUACCAGUAACCACUGUUCUCUUUCAAAUGGCAUUAGUUUACCUUUUUAUUCCCAUACAUCACGACCAUACAGAACACUAUUUGAGUGGGGUUUUUUUUUGUAACAUUUCAUUUCAUUGUCUUGUAUUUCAUGUUCAAAUAAAACAACAAAAUAAAAUUUAA